UGUGAAGAAGAUGGAGGUGGAGUUGGGAGGGCUGAAGAAUGUGGAAGCUUCAGCGUUCUCCGGUGACGGAGCUCCGGCGAGUGAUCAGGCAGCUACUCCGGCAAGCUUAAUGAAACUGAUACUAUCAAGCAUGGUUGCUGCUGGUGUGCAGUAUGGCUGGGCUCUCCAGUUUGCUCUCUUAACAUCCUAUGUUCAGACUCUUGGAUUACCACACUCUCUUUCUUCAAUCAUGUGGCUAUGUGGCCCUGUUGCAGGCUUCCUAGUUCAACCUUCUGUUGGUGUUUGGAGUGAUAAAUGUCAUUCAAAGUUAGGAAGGAGAAGACCAUUUAUACUUACAGGCUGCCUUUUGAUCUGUGCUUCUGUACUUGUCAUUGGUUUUUCUUCAGAUAUUGGAUAUGCACUUGGUGAUACAAAAGAACACUGCAGUGUCUACACUGGAAAACGUUGGAAAGCAACAAUUGUAUAUGUUGUUGGCUUUUGGAUGCUUGAUUUUUCCAACAACACAGUGCAGGGACCAUCUCGUGCACUAAUGGCAGAUCUUGCAGGUCCUGGUAGAUUCACAGCAGCAAAUGCAAUAAUGUGCUCAUGGUUGGCAUUAGGAAACAUACUCGGUUAUGCUUCGGGUGCAAACGGGUCUUGGCAUAGUUGGUUUCCAUUUCUGAACACAAGAGCUUGCUGUGAAGCCUGUGCAAAUCUAAAGGGUGCUUUUCUAAUUGCUGUUGUGUUUCUUCUUUUCUGUUUAUCUGUUUCUCUGUUUUUCGCCAAAGAAGUCCCACUUGAAGGAAAGACCAGAAUGGCUACUGCAAAUGAACCAAUAUCAGGUGUAAUUGAACUUGUGAAAAGUUUCAGACAUUUACCUCCUGGAAUGCCUCCUGUUCUUAUUGUCACUUUUCUAACUUGGCUAUCAUGGUUUCCGUUCUUCCUAUAUAACAAUGAUUGGAUGGGCCGAGAAAUUCAUCAUGGUGAUCCAGAGGGAACUAAAGCUCAAAGAAAAGCUUAUGAGAAUGGAAUUAGAGAUGGUUCAUUUGGAUUGCUAUUGAACUCAAUUGUUCUAGGAAUUAGUUCAUUUCUCCUCGAACCAAUGUGCCGGAAACUUACAACAAGAGUAGUGUGGGCUAUUAGUAACUUCGUAUUGUUUUUCGCCUUUGCUUCGAUGUCCAUUGUGGGCAUCUGGUCUACAAAUGGCUAUUCAUAUGGUGUGAAGGAAGUAGAACAAGUGAAUGGCAGAGUAAGAGCUGUAGCUCUUCUUAUAUUUGCACUUCUUGGUUUUCCUCUAUCCGUGUUGUUUAGUGUUCCUGCCGCUGUUGCGGCGCAAUUAGCUGAUAUUGGCGGAAAUGGACAAGGGUUAAGCAUAGGAAUUUUGAAUAUAUCCGUUGUCAUACCACAGGUGAUAAUAUCAGUAAGUGCAGGGCCAUGGGAUGCUCUGUUUGACAAAGGAAACUUGCCUGCAUUUGCUAUGGCUUCUUUCUUUGCCUUUAUUAGUACUUUUGUUGCAUUCUUUGUCCUUCCAAAGUUGACAAACACUGCCCAUUAAUCUUUGUAACAUUGGUGGA